UCUCCUUUACCAAAUCGAAGCUCCGGCGAGAACAAACAGAGAAGAAGAAGCAGAGAAUCAUCGAGAAGGCUAUGGCGCAGGGCAAGCUCUGUACAUGGAUUCUUCUGAUCAUAUCGAUUUCUCUGUUCUCUCCAAUCCCAAGCGUCGAUGCUUCGAUUCACGAGUACAGGAAGGAAUCAUUUAGUCAAAAAUCGAACGCUUUUUUCUUCCAUGGCGGCAGGGAAGGACUCCACGCUUCUAAGCCUCAGAUAACUCCGUCUUCCCCCUCCGCCGAAAAGGGAAAAUCCUUCAUUAGGUUUGAUUCUGUCACCUUUGUGAGAACAAAAGAGUCUGCUCUAAAGAAGAAUGAAAUGCAGCAGAAUACAGGAGUGGUUGAAGCUAUCAUACUGGAGGUCAAGGACAGAGAAAGAAUUGGAGGGGCAUUUCUUAAGUCUGAUGUAAUUUGUUGUAACAGAAGUCUUUCGGAGAGUGAUUCCUGCAAGCUUGGUGAGGUUAUCAUCCACAAAAACCCGGAUAACUUUGAUUGGCCUAAACGCAUCAAGACUUUCUUUGAGGGGAAUAAGGAAGAAGCUACAAUGGUUAUUGAAGAGAUUGAAAUAAAUAGUACUGGUAUGUACUAUCUCUAUUUUAUGUUUUGCGAUCCAGAACUAAGUGGUACUUUGAUCAAAGGAAGGACUGUAUGGAAGAACCCAAAUGGUUAUUUACCUGGGAAGAUGGCUCCUUUGAUGACAUUUUUUGGCAUCAUGUCUUUAGCAUACCUUCUACUUGGUCUAGGUUGGUUUCUAAAGUUUGUACAGUUCUGGAAGGAUGUCAUACAGUUGCACUACCAUAUCACUGUGGUGAUUGCCCUUGGGAUGUGUGAAAUGGCCAUCUGGUACUUUGAAUAUGCUAAUUUUAAUUCAACUGGGAGAAGACCUAUGGGUAUUACAUCAUGGGCAGUAACAUUUAGCUCGGUUAAGAAGACUGUAUCUCGCCUUCUUCUUUUGGUGGUUUCCAUGGGCUAUGGUGUGGUGAGGCCAACCCUUGGUGGAAUAACAUCAAGAGUGCUUCUUCUUGGAUUGAUAUAUUUUGUUGCAACAGAGGCACUUGAGCUGGUUGGAAACUUGGGAAACAUUAAUGAUUUUUCUGGAAAAACAAAUUUGUUUUUGUUUCUGCCUGUUGCUUGCCUGGAUGCUUGGUUUAUCCUGUGGAUCUUCUCAUCACUAUCCAAAACAUUAGAGAAACUUCAGAUGAGGAGAAACAUGGCAAAACUGGAGCUGUACCGAAACUUUACCAAUGCCCUUGCAGUGUCUGUGCUGUUGUCUAUUGCUUGGAUUGGCUUUGAGUUAUACUUCAAUGCAGCCGAUCCACUGGGUGAGUUAUGGCAAAUUGCCUGGAUCAUCCCAGCGUUCUGGAAUUUAAUUUCAUACACUCUCCUGGUGGUUAUAUGUAUCCUCUGGUCUCCUUCACGCAACCCUACUAGAUACGCGUAUAUGGAGGAGACAGGCGAGGACUCUGAUGAGGAGGGUAUUGCAUUGACAAGCGGUGCUGGGGAUGUGGAAAGGAAGGAAAGGAAAGUGUCUAGUGUGAUAGGAGAAGUUCUCGAAGAGGACAAGCGAGAAUAGAGACUAGAGUCACAGAGACAACUUUGUACAAAUAGCGAAUCCCUUUUAAAGCGUCAGUUGCACUCCCAGCCUAUGUAUGCAAAUCUUGUUACACAAUCUGUGUUGUAUGUACAAAAAUACCUAACUGGCUGAAAUACCAUGAGCAGUCAUGAAACUGAUACGAUGAAAAUUUUACAUCCGUAACCGCAUCCUUCCCAACAUUGCUGACUUAAU